UCUCCCUUUAUAUAUAUUCCACAUUUCUUCCUUUAAAAGUGGGAAGAGAUUCACAGUUUUUGGUUUUUUUUUUGGAGUAUACUUAUACUUAGGUGACUGACAGAGAGAAAUUACAAAUUACCCAUCACGCAAAAACCCAUUCUUUCUUAUCUUGAUUUCAUAAAUUCUCCAUUUUUAGAUUUCUAUUCCUUAAAACUUGGGAAUAGAAAUUACUAAUAAAUUAUCAUAUUUUCUCUUCCAUUUUCUUCUGGGGUUAAUAUUUUUUCUUGAUUCAAGGUAAGACAAGGUGUAUGAGCUUGUAGACCUGAAGAACAGCUAGUGGGUGAAGAGUUUUGCUUCUAUAUAUGGGCUGCUGCUAUUCAAAAAAAGUUGGCCGUACUCCUGGAUAUGAGGAUCCUAUUAUCCUUGCAUUAGAAACACCUUUCACUGAGAGUGAAGUGGAGGCGUUGUAUGAGCUAUUUAAGAAAUUGAGCAGCUCCAUAAUUAAUGAUGGCGUGAUACACAAGGAAGAGUUCCAGCUUGCACUCUUUAGAAACAGUAAAAAGGAGAACCUUUUCUCAGACAGGAUCUUUGAUUUAUUUGACGCGAAGCGCAAUGGUGUUGUUGACUUUGGUGAAUUUGUUCGAUCACUGGGAGUGUUCCACCCAAAUGCACCUGUAGAACAGAAGAUCGAUUUUGCAUUUAGAUUGUAUGAUCUCAGACAAACGGGGUUUAUUGAGCGUGAGGAGGUGAGUACUCAUGAAACUUUGAAGGAGAUGGUUCUGGCACUAUUGUAUGAAUCGGAGUUGAUACUCUCAGAUGAUGUUGUUGAGGCAAUUGUAGAUAAGACUUUCACUGAAGCAGACUUAAAAGACGAUGGAAAGAUAGAUCGAGAAGAAUGGGAUGAAUUGGUAAAGACGUAUCCUGCAUUGCUAAAGAAUAUGACACUUCCCUAUUUAAAGGAUAUUACACUGGCAUUUCCGAGCUUUGUUUUGACCUCGGAAGUUGAUGACAUAGAGGUGCAAAUGACAGAAAAAGAGCACAACUUAUAAGACUAUAAUGCGUGUUGAUGAAAGACAUUCAAUGUCAACUUGAGAGGAAGUUGAAGUUUCGUUAGCAUUUUAAUUUCGGAACUUUUGAGGCGUGUACUAGAACGAGUGAAAUUCGGUCAACACAAGACAUAAUAAUACGCGAAGAGCCACGCUACUACGAGUCUGCAAUGUUAAUGAUUCAUCCAUUUGGUGCUGAAAAAUUGCAGUAGCAGAGAAGACAUGUACAUGUAAACAUAUGCUUUGGUGGAGAGGAGAAGGAAGUAUAUAUGGCACAUGUGAUGUACAUGUCAUUUGAAAAGAGUUUAGGCAUAGAAGUGGUUGUGGCUUUUAUGUGGAAGUUCUCUUCAUGAAAAUAGAUAAUAUAUAUAUAUAUAUCAUAUAUGUAUAGAAGUAUUAGGUUUGAGAAAUAGGAACUGAAAAGAAUGGAUAUGAAACUUGAACUUCCUGCUUCAAAUUCUGUACUGCCAGUGAAUUACUUUAUUGAUUUUGAUCACCAGUAUUCUGGA